CUGGAGUACCGCAGAGAGGACGCGCCUCCCUCCGCCAAAGGGCCACGGUGAGGCCGUACGUCUGGAGACGCAGCGGCGUCUGCGGCUCUUCGCUUGGGAAUGGAUCAGGGAGCCGUCACAGGCACCGGAGGGACUUUCAUUUCCCUGAGCGAUGUCGAGCAGAAAUGUUACUCCGGGCUUUACGCGCUCUGCCAGCCCGACGGCACCGGCACACCGGCGGCGGGGAAGGUGGCGGAGCUGUUCCGGGCGUCGCAGCUGCCGGCCGACACGCUGCACCAGAUAACAGAGGUGUGCGGUGCGAAGCGGCUGGGAUACUUUGGCUGUGGACAGUUUUACGUGGCUCUGAAGCUGAUGGCGGCGGCGCAGGCCGGACUGCCGGUGCGUCUGGAGAGUGUGGGGGGUGAGCUUCCUCUGCCUGUUUUUGUGGGGAUAACUCACGACCCUGAGAUGCGUUACCCCACUCACCCCCCGAUCAAUGAAAGCCAGCCUCGCAUCCCAGGCUCUGCCCCUCUUCCCCCUGCAGACAGGCCUUUUUUCAGACACCCUGAAAGCAGCACGGACAAACAGGAUGCGUGGUCUCCCCCGCGGUCCCCGGGCAUCUCCCCGCCCCACUCCCCGUCGGCCUAUAGCAGCUAUCCGUACAGCGCUCAGAGGAAUGGAACAGACGCGCUAUUGGCAUAUGAUGGUAAAUUGUUGAGUCGUUCCAGCGUUUCUCAGGAGAAUUCCUCUCCCAGUCAUUAUUUUGUCAGACUGCAGCCGGAGCCGCCGCCAAUCACACGGGUGUUGUCUGUGGAUUAUUCAGAAGACCCGUGGAGAAUCACAGAGGAACAGAGGGAGUAUUACACCAACCAGUUCAAGAGUCUACAGCCCGAUCUCAACGCACUCAUACUGGGAACGACUGCAAAGAACUUCUUCACCAAGUCAAAACUACCGAUUCCAGAGCUGUCUCAUAUAUGGGAGUUGAGUGAUGUAGACAAAGAUGGCGCUCUGACCUUCUCUGAGUUCUGUAUCGCAUUCCAUCUGAUUGUGGCUCGGAAGAACAGUUACGCACUUCCUGAAACUCUUCCCCCCACGCUCAGACCGGGAUAUGUGGAUCAAGGUGUGACACUAUCUGAGACAACGCAACCUCUCAUUGUGUUAAUUGACACCAUAACCCCUGCAGCCAAUCAGCCGGAACUGAGUUCUGUUGACCGGCAGGUGACCUCUAGGCCAGGUGUGAAUACCUGUAAACAGGACACGAGAGAUGAGAGGAGACAGUCAGAGUUCAGCCCCAAGAGACUUCCAGAUGCCAGUGAGAAACCGAUACAGAGAGUCAGCACUUUAAAACCAGAUUCUCCACAGGAGCUUGAUGCAAUCAUGAAGUCGAGGACACGGCCCAGGUCGUAUUCCAGCACAUCUAUAGACGAUGCCAUAAAAAAGGCUGAAGAGCCGCCCACCCCGCCUCCUCGACCCCAGAAGACUCACUCUCGCGCCUCCUCGCUCGACCUUAACAAACUGUUUCAGCAGAGCGGUCAAGCCUCUAAGAGCGGUUGGUUGCCUCCUCCUCCAGCUCUUCCUCCUCGUCCCCCGGCUACACAAAUCUUCAGCUUCCACCACGGCUCAAACAAGAAUACCCAGAAGGCUGUGCAGCAGCCAAACUUUGCUGACUUUAGCAGAUUCAGAGAGAAGCAGGAAACCAGCACACCUCCCCAAAGACCCGGGAUGAGAGGAGGUCUCAGCGCAGAAGACCUGGCACCUCCGAAAACAGAUCCUUCAGCUGCGCUCCAAGGCCACGCCCCUCAGAAGCCAGUACGAAGGAAGCUCCACCCUGAUAGCCAGAGUGCCACGCCCCCGUCGGGCACGCCCUCCUCUGCUGCCACACUGACCAAAUCCACACAGAGGUUGCCUCCCAAACAGAAGAGAGAGAUCCAGAUGGCCAUCCGUAAAAACAGAGAGACCAACGCAGUCCUGACACGUCUUAACAGUGAACUACAGCAACAACUGAAGGUUGUUCAUCGAGAGCGAGUGACUCUGGAGUCUCAGCUGGAUUUGCUGCGACCCGUAACGUCAGCCUGACCAAUCACACGGCGUUUCUCUCUGUCCUCUGUGUUUCCAGUACACACACGGUCUGGAGAUGGUCUGGUGAUGGUUCAUCACAUGUCAGAUUUUUAAGUGACCAAACACCACAAACACUGUGUCAAAACCACAGGAACCGCAGGAGGAGUCUGACGUUUGUUUUCUUAGGUUUGGGUUUGUUUGUCUGUGACUGUUUUUACAGCUGAAGGUUACUAACAAAACUAGCUUUCACUUCUGAGGCUGAAAUAAACUUUAUUGCAGGAAAGUCAAAAAUCUGUUGUUAGUGGAUGUAAUUAUAGUUCUCUUAUGUGUUGUUUAUGAAUGCAUCCAGCUUUGAUUCUGUUUUUGUGUUGAAGGCUGAUCCGGUUCCACCAACAAUAAGCUCAUAAGGGCGAAUCCCACAAAACACAUGAAUGUUACAUUUUACCACCCAAAAAUAAAAGGUAAAAAUAUAAAAAAAUGAUAAUCUUUUAAGAUCCCCCCAAAUUCUCAUGUUCAUAAUUCAUCAAAAUAUAUUUUUGUUUGUAUUUUCUCAAUACUGUAGCAGAGAAAUGUUUUACUGCUUUUUUUACUCUGUUUAAAACAGUAUUAAACGAAGGCAAUACAAUACAUACUACCCUGCUUUAUACUUUUUAAUAUAUAAACAAGAAUUUGGGAGGAUUAUUAUAUAUAAAAAGGCCUAGAAAUAAUUUCUCCUUUAUUUCGGGGGUGAAAUGUGAUGUUCAGGACAGGUUUUGUGAGAUCCCCGUAAAGAUCCCGGUGUGAAUCAUGACUCCAUGUGUUGGGACAGUGUUUAGAUUAUGAAUUUGCAGAUGUUUUAUGAAGCGUGUCUGUGUUUAUGCAUGAAGGUAAAUGUUUACACUGAACGGGUGGCAGAAAUACAUUUAUUUUUACACGUCUAGCGUGAGGCAUGAGAGUAGUUUGACAGCAGAAAAGUCUACGACUGGAACGUUUGAAUGUCUAGACCUACAUUUUGAAUGUUGCGUGUACAUUAACCUCAAAUGUUUGAGGAUGACGUAUUGACUGUGCUUGUACUGUAUUACAAAAAAAUCUUGGGUGUAACAAAAUGUCAACAAAAUUAUUUUCUAUGUGUAUUUCUUUUAGUGCUUGUCAUAUCUUGAUCUAUUAUUUCUAACUUAACAAUAAUUUUAUAUGCAUUUCUUACCCUCCUUAAAUCAGUGUGACUAUUUUGGGGCAAUUAUGAAAUGCGCAAAAAUGAUUGUUUUAAAAAUUGCUACAAAUGUAAACCAGCAACUGCAAAAAAUGGUAAAGAUCUGAAUUUUUGUUCUACAUUGUGCUAAAUACUUUCCUAUGCAAAAAGUGGAGGCCAGGCUUGUUGUGGGUCAUGUUAUGUCAUUGAUUCUGUUCAUAUCUCGUUCAAUGUGUACUGAUCAGGGAGUGAAAGUUUCUGUGAGUGUCAAUAAAAUCCAGUGGAAGAAUGGGAGAAAUGGCUAAA